AUGUCUGAGAAAUAAUCCCUGAAUCAGAGAGAACAUGCUCCAUUGCUGCACACCCCGCACAUGAGGCCAGUUGGUAAUAUGGUUCACGAAGCAGGUUGCUUGCUUAAGACUGCAGCAGUCACUUCUUUGUGUCACCGGCAUCUUCCCACAUCUGGGUUAGAUGCCCCAGGCAGGUGUGCUGGAGAGUUCCACUUGCAGCCUUGAGAUUCUAACAGCUUCAGGGAGCUCAGGGUUCUUGCCUAAUCAACUUCUUUUUAAGAGCAAUCCGUUUUCCAAGUUGAGAGAUGAUUUUACAUUUCGGAUUUUAUCAUGUGGGCAUCCUGCUGCAACUGGUUCUGCUUGGAUGGACAGCCUGAGGAAGCCCCACCACCACAGGGAGCCAGGACACAAGCCUAUUCCAACCCUGGGUACAGCUCCUUCCCUUCCCCCACAGGCUCAGAACCAAGCUGCAAAUCCUGUGGGGUCCACUUCGCAAACACAACCCGAAAGCAGACCUGCUUGGACUGUAAGAAACAUUUCUGCAUGACUUGCUCAAGCCAAGAGGGGAAUGGACCACGCCUCUGCCUCCUCUGCCUAAGGUUCCGAGCCACAGCCUUUCAGCGGGAGGAACUCAUGAAGAUGAAGGUGAAGGACCUGAGGGACUAUCUCAGCCUCCAUGACAUCUCUACCGAAAUGUGCCGGGAGAAAGAAGAGCUGGUGUUUUUGGUGCUUGGCCAGCAGCCUGUAAUCUCUGCAGUGGACAGGACUCAUGCUCCCACCUUGUCCCAGGACUUCCCUGAGCAGCAGGCCUUCCUGACCCAGCCUCACAUCAGCACAGUACCGCCUACCUCACCCUCCUCACCUGCACAAGCCACCUGUGUUCCCCUAGCCCCGGCUCAGGAAAACCAGGCCACUGGCCAUGUGUCUCAGGACCACGAGGAGCCUGUCUUCCUGGAGAGCACAGCCAGAGUACCUACCGAGGAUGAGACCCAGGUGGGCCUCUGCUCGUCCAUUGGCUCAGAGGACAGCUUUGUCCCUGGCCGGAGAGCCUCACUGUCUGACCUGACCCACCUGGAGGACAUUGAAAGCCUGACGGUGCGGCAGCUGAAGGAGAUUCUGGCUCGCAACUUUGUCAACUAUAAGGGCUGCUGUGAGAAGUGGGAACUGAUGGAGAGGGUGACUCGACUGUACAAGGAUCAGAAAGGACUCCAGCACCUGGGUGAGGGGCUAUCUGGGUACAAGGAUCAGAAAGGACUCCAGCACCUGGUGUCCGGUGAUGAAGACCAAAACGGGGGAGCAGUGCCUUCUGGCCUGGAGGAGAACCUGUGUAAGAUUUGCAUGGACUCACCCAUUGACUGUGUUCUGCUGGAGUGUGGCCACAUGGUAACCUGUACCAAGUGUGGCAAACGAAUGAAUGAAUGUCCUAUCUGCCGGCAGUAUGUCAUCCGAGCAGUGCACGUCUUCCGGUCCUGAGGGCUAGCAUUGGCUUCUUCAGUGCCUUAGAGGACAUAGCUCAAAAUGUCUGGGCUCAGGGUUGGUCUGAUGCACAAAGGCGGUUUAUUGAGAGAAACUGGCCAUGUUCUCAAGACUAGGACAAGCAGAGGUGCCUGGCGUAUCUGUCUUGACAUGGUGUAUACCUCUUAGGUGGCAGAACCCAAAACCAGUGGGAACUAAUUCAGAUCACAUGGGUGAGUGCAUGCUUCUCAGAUCAUGGGGUGGUGAUGGUAAUCAAUGAAGAGGACUUUCUAGAACUUGGACCAUGUCUUCUUCCCUUCCUGAAAACCUAAGACACGUUUCACACAUCCCAAAUACCAUUCCUCCUGUUUCAUCAAUCGAGAGUCCUGCUGGAAAUGCUUCCCAUCCCCUCAGAAGUUGAAUUUAAAACACACAGAAACCAGAAAUUUAAGUGUGCUACGUUGCCUAAAAUCCAUUUGUUUCUAUGGAUACACACCCCACCAGACCAAUAGUAUUCCCCAGGUCAGAAUUUGAAUCAGUAGACUGGUCUCUGGUGAGAAAUUAAGUCUAAAUGCUGUAGAAGAAUUUCUUAAGUUGAGUCACUUCUGUUAGUGUUGGGGUUGGAAAUGAUCUGUCCCUUGACCUUACCCCUAAACUGGUGGGGAGUCCUUAAGAGAUGGUGCAUGGGUCAUGUCUGCUGCUUUUCUUUGGGUUUGACUGCACCAUCCUUAACCUGGGAUAACGAGGAAAGAGAAAUGGAGGCAAUGGCUUUCUGUUGAUUGCUGGCUUCAGAUCCUCAUUUUCAGCAGGCUACAUUUUUUUUUUAAAAGCUUUAAUAGUUUCACUUCUUUGGGAUAUAAAUUUGCUUACCGAAGACAUAGGAACUUCAGCAAAGAGCUCUGCUCUUGUUUAGCUUGGCUGCUCAUGGAGAUCCCAGAGAGCAGGCAUAUAGGAUAGUGUAUGAGGUACUGGAAGGUGCUGAGUGAGAAUGGACUAUGUCCAUGGCUGCUUCUUUGCCUUUUGGACAGGUCAGAAUGAAGCAUUCUUUAAAUCAUGAUUCCAGCCUCGUGGGAUCUUUACACCACUGACACAACUUGAAGAGUUUGAGUGGUGUUUUCUGGAACAGCUCAACAAAUAACACAAGGAGCUGUGUGCUCUGUAGGAUGCACCCUCAGCACUACAGCACCUGGGUAAAGCUGCUACUCUCCACCGUGCAGCUGAGACUGAAAGAACCAGUCAUGACCCUGGGAAGCAGAGGUUCACCUCUAAGGGGCUACUAGAAAUACUUAAGACUUUCUUCCCACCAUUAACCACUGAAUACCUUCAGGAAAUCCAGUAGUUUCAUGAAUAGUUGUCAUAGACACUCAGCCCACUUUACCUGUGCAUUCUAGGUCCACAUGGCCAGGGUGUGGGUCAAAGCCUUUGUAGGUGUCAAGAAUCAAGAGGACCCCUCUAUAAAGACUGCCUUCCCUCCCUCUCUGGAUAGUGAGUACUGUAGUUUACAAUGUCUUCAGUCUAGCACAGCUCACCAAUUUUGCUGCUCCUGGACUCCACUGUGAAACAGGUCUGAUUAUGCAGCUCAGUUAAGACCUAAUACUCAAAGCUGGCUCUCUCUUCUUAACUGCUUUCUCUUCUGAGGCCUUACCUCCCUACCUCCUAAACAGGAACAGAAAUAAUAUACUGAUGGCCUUUUAGUGACCUAAGGGCGAGUCAUAGCUAAGGUUACUUAUUUUGAAGAACUUUUAUCUUUUGUUUUCUUUGUGGGGGAAAAAAAAAACAAAACAGAUGUCAAACAACUUUUUUAUUGUUACACCAAAUAAAAGUUGGAAUUCUAAGAUUCCAUCCCCGUUAACAUCUAACCCAGGUAGAAAACCUUUUUUUUUUUUUAAUAUAUAAAUACUUGAGCCCCUUUCUGUUCUUCAUGGAUCCUUGGUCUUAAUUAACAUGGAAACACCUAAUCCUUUCAACUAGUCUGGAUUUUGAUGUGAUUGCGCCAAGAUUUCAGUUGACACUUAGUUUUAAAAGACAGACAGCUAACUGGUUCAUUGGUUGGAAUAGCUGGUUCUAAACUAAUAAGCUGUAAAGGAAUUAAUAGUCUAUAUUGUACAAAUUUGUUAAAAUCUCUUGGAUGUGAAUGUGUUGCUCCAAGUGGCUUAUAUUAAGAUUUCUCACCUGGGUGUUAAAAAAGCAAACCCAAAUGUGUAUUUUUUGUUACAGAGCUCUGCUUUAUAAUUUUGUAAUAAAGUUUAAAUACA